UUAUCUCUGUACCCAGGGAAAGCAAAGUUCUCUACUUUCCCCCCUUUUUCUAUUUACAACCCUCCUCUCCCGGUUUUCUCUAUGUUCUUAAAUAUUGGAUGAUUUUGAGGGGGCUUUGAAGAGGAAAAGUUACAGUCUUUUUUAUGUUCUCUAUUGUAGGGGGUGUUCUCUUUUUUGUGUGGAAUCCGCUGGGUUUUUCAGGGGUUUGAGGAAAAUGGGGAGAGGGAAGAUUGAGAUCAAAAGGAUUGAGAAUGCAAAUAGCAGGCAAGUCACCUUCUCCAAGAGGAGAACUGGGUUGCUGAAAAAAGCUCAGGAGCUUGCCAUCCUCUGUGAUGCUGAGGUUGCUGUCAUCAUCUUCUCAAAUACUGGAAAGCUCUUUGAGUUCUCCAGCUCUGGCAUGAAGAGAACUCUUACUAGGUAUUACAAGUGUAUGGAUUCUUCAGAGCCUACGAAACUCGAACAACAGAAAACAGAGAUCCAAGUACGGACCACCAUUCCCAAGUGCACAUUUCUCCCCGAGAAACCGGAUUUAAAGGAAUUGGAUAUUCUCAAAGACGAGAUUGCAAAGUUACAAGUGAAACAGCUGAGGCUCUUGGGGAAGGACUUGAAUGGCUUGAGCUUGAAAGAGUUGCAGCAACUAGAACAGCAACUAUCCGAUGGCUUGUUAUGUGUGAAAGAUAAAAAGGAGAAACUGCUGAUGGAGCAACUUGAGCUGUCAAGAGUUCAGGAACAACGGGCAGUGCUAGAGAACGAGACUUUGCGCAGACAGGUUGAGGAGCUUCAAGGUUUGUUCCCAUGUGGUAAUCGAUUGGCACCGAGUUACCUUGAAUUCCAAUCAGUGGAACAAAAGAACUCCAGCAUAACCAAUGGCUGCAGAAGCCCUGAUGUUGCAUAUAACUGCUCAACUGAGAGGGGAGAUUCAGACACCACCUUGCAUUUAGGGCUUCCAAACGAUGUUUACCACCGCAAGAGGAAGGCACCUGAGACAGAAAGCUGCUCAAAUGAAUCGGAGAGCCGAUUAGGCCUUGUGUAGCUUAAAUUGGCAAAUGUCUGUACUUCCUUGUUAAUAGAAACAGACCGAAGCAGGAAAUGCAGUGAGCAUUGCUAACUCUCUAGUAGUUUCUCUCUAGCGGUAAGCAAUUCAGAGAGGGUGAUGAAUUGUUUAUAGAAGAACGUAGUAACGUCCCCUUUUUUGUAGGAAACAUCCCAAAGUUUCAAGGGGUUAGCUGUGAAACCUUUCUCGGAUAGGAUAGGAGAAGUUGGUAGUAAUUUGAUCAUCUGCUAGUCCAGUUCAGUUUCUUGUUAUUCCCCCAGACAGAUUUAAUUCAGAAUGGCUUAUUUCUAUUUUCUACUGUGAACUCUUCGCUCUUUGCUGCUAAAAAUAUGCUAAUUUCUAUUCUUUAUAUGCUCCACUAAAUUCCUGCUUAAUUUC